CGAUGACAGGCAGAAACUGAGGAGCACUGGGAGCUGUCUGUUCCUUCGCAGAUCUUUCCCUCUAGCUGACAGCAUCAGACACACCAAGAAACAUGCCUGAGCAAAGCAAUGAUUACAGGGUUGUUGUGUUUGGGGCUGGAGGAGUCGGCAAAAGUUCUUUGGUCUUGAGAUUUGUGAAGGGCACUUUCAGAGAGAGCUAUAUCCCUACAAUUGAAGACACCUAUCGGCAAGUGAUCAGCUGUGAUAAGAGUAUCUGCACUUUGCAGAUCACCGACACUACUGGGAGCCAUCAAUUUCCAGCCAUGCAACGUCUUUCUAUUUCUAAAGGACAUGCAUUCAUUUUGGUUUACUCAAUCACCAGCCGACAGUCCUUGGAAGAACUCAAGCCCAUCUAUGAACAAAUCUGUCAGAUUAAAGGAGAUGUAGAAAGCAUUCCAAUAAUGCUAGUGGGGAAUAAAAAUGAUGAGAACCAAAAUCGAGAGGUGGACAGCAAUGAAGGAGAAGCCAUGGCCAAGAAAUGGAAGUGCGCCUUUAUGGAGACCUCUGCCAAACUGAACCAUAAUGUGAAAGAGUUAUUCCAGGAGCUGCUAAACCUAGAGAAACGCAGGACUGUGAGUUUACAGAUUGAUGGCAAAAAAAGCAAGCAGCAGAAAAGGAAAGAGAAGCUGAAAGGCAAAUGUGUGGUGAUGUGAAAUUGCAUUGCCAUGAGUCAGUCACACAGUCUCAUCUAUCUGACAAAAGCAGUGUAAAACCUAUAGAAAACAGAGAACCAUACAAGACCCUAUUUAUUAGCAUCUGUUUUAAAAGAAGUAUUUG